AUGAAGAGCAUAGUGAUAUUUCUCGGAAUCCUGACCUUGUUUUCGCGCACCGUUGUUGCGGUGGUCGGCGGGUCCAUACUCGCGCACUGUUAUGAAGCCAUAUAUCUCUAUUAUGGUUAUCUGGCCGACUUGGGAAUCAAUGGAGACAGCCGAACUCUCGGCACCGGGUGCCACCCCAGUAAGGGCACUGUUUGCACCGUGUGGGAGUUCAUCGACAGCAUUGAAACCAGGUUUGAUGCCGCAAAGUUAGGGGAUGGUGGCACGAUAGGCGCUACCACUCGCCCUGGCGACCUAGAAGAACUCGCCGAUACGAUGGCCAAAAAAGGCUUCAAUAGGUACAACGACUACGCCAUGUUUGGUGGACCGGUUUUUCACAGCCAGGUUCUUCUCAAAGCCACCAAAAUUCUCAACGACGCGCGCAACAACCACCCUAAUGUUCUUCAAGGGGGGAUUUUGGGUCAGGCCAAGAAGGCAUUGCUGUAUGCCCAGGGCGAGCGUGAGCAGGAUACGCUAGCGUCUAAAAGGGCAGCCGUGCAGAAGGACUGGGGGAGGGAGGAUCUGGUGAUUGUGGAGAAGCAGGUGGUCUUGGAAGGCGGGGUCACAUUUCAGGACAUUGAUUGGCGAGCAACUGCGGAGGCAAGUGCAAUAAAAUCAGGCAAAGAAUUUCAACGUGUGUUAGCGGGCUUCGUGGAUUUUUCUAGAACCAUGAGUCGGGAUGAGGAUGUUGACGCUGAGCUCCGGAAACAUCUCCGCAUCGUGCAGAGUAUUCGCACGCAGUCCGACUCUCUGGGCAGCUUGGCCGCCUGCAAGGCCCUUGAGUAA